UGUUGGUUGACUGAAAGAUGAUCUCCGGCUCAGCGGUCAACUGCGUCCUGUACUGAACCGGUCUCAUUUUACCAUGGAAACCCAUUACCUCGAUCGCGAAAGGAGCUUUUCUAGUAGUUAACUGAAAAACAAACUUUACGAAUAGUUUGUAUACUUUUCUGGGAUUAUAGUGAGACUUAAAUCAUAAUAACGAGAAGAAAUAAGAAUCCGCUUUAAUUCGGAUUGUGUUUGGAAACGCUAUGGCUCUCUCUCAAGUUCAGUGUCUUGAUGACAAUCAUGUGAACUGGCGCCUGAAUGAAUCCAAACCGGAGUUUUUUUACAGCGAGGAACAGCGGCUCGCGCUUGAAGCGCUUAUUACCAAAGGACGCGACGCGUUUGACGCUUAUGUGAAAGAGCAUGAGCUGCGUCCUUUCCUGUCGGAACCCGAACUCGAGCGGUUGCGUCGGAGCAUAGAAGAUUAUAAACCCGGUUCUGAGCAUCAAAAACCAGAUGGUACGACAGAGGGUGAGGAAACGUUUUCUUUGCAGUACUGGCCGGACCGCUCGGAUACCUCCAUACCGAAUCUGGACCUCGGAUGGCCAGACUGCAAUUCUUACCGCGGAGUGACGCGCGUCCAUGUGUAUACGCAACCGCCAAUGGACGGACAGACGCAUAUAAAAGAGGUUGUGAGAAAGGCCAUCGCGCAAGCACAGAAGAUGAUUGCGGUGGUCAUGGACGUUUUCACAGACGUUGACAUUUUUAAGGAUCUAAUAGAGGCUGGAUUUAGAAAGAAAGUAGCUAUAUACAUUAUUAUAGAUACUGCAGCUAUACAGCACUUUCUACUUAUGUGUGAGAGAGCCAACAUGCACAGAGGACACCUCAAUCAUCUGCGGGUGCGAUGCAUUGGUGGUGCCGAAUUCUAUACACGCUCAGCUCAGAAGGUGCGUGGCUCGUUGAGUCAGAAAUUCAUGUUUGUGGAUGGAGACCGUGCUGUGUCUGGAUCAUACAGUUUUACAUGGACCGCUUCUCGUUUGGACCGCAACAUCGUUACAGUCCUGACAGGACAGGCUGUUGAAACUUUUGACAAGCAGUUCCGCGAACUAUACCUGAACUCUCGUGGGGUCAACCUUAGCAAAAUCCCAAUGGCGGACCCUCCGGAGCCUGACCCUGCCCCGAUCGCCGUUCCCCCCCCUGUUUCUGUAACUGUUGUAAGAAAACUAAUUAACCCCAAAUAUGCAUUAGUUAAUAUAGAUGCAGCAAGCAAAGCCUCUUCAGACAAGGUUAGUGCCAAAAACGGCAACUCCAAGAAUCCGAUGGUCCAGCUUCCUAAGCCUCAACGGGAAAUGACUGAAGAACCGCAAAAGCACCCAGGACUUGUAGGUCUGCCAAAGGCAGAUCUUAUUCCCUACUUGCCUACCUGGCCUGAACCAGACCCGCCCAGUGAUGUUAUUGGGUUUAUUAAUAUCCGUGAUACAAGCAGGCCAGCGCCGGUGCAUUUAAUGCGCUCGCAAAUGUUUGAAACAUCUCAAGCGAUCCGUUUUAAAGACCCUUUCACUGCUCCACCUGAGGAACCAUUACCGGAUAAGGCAGUUCUUCGUCCUAAAACAUCACAGUUUUCUAAACCACAUCCAAAUGUUCAAACAAGCACCCAAACCCAGCCAGAGACUGACUCUAGCAAUGCCCAUCAGGAUACACCAGCCAGUGCACCCCGUUCGCCAAGCUCUCCAAUCCAUCAAGAAGAACCCAAUCCCAACUCUCCUUCACAAGAGCUGCAGUCCAACCCUGAAUUAACAGAAGUCAAACAGGCUCCAGAAAUGCCUAUGCCUAAGCCACGCACUAUUCAGUUGGUGGUUAACAGACUGGAAGGCUCUGAAGACCCAGAGAUCACUUUAGUCCGAAGGGACCAAAACCAGACAAAGGAUGCAAACAUGGACGCUCGAGACAAUGAUGCCGACAGCACCGCUGUGACCUGUGCACAUUCGUUAAAGGAUAAAGAUGAGAACUCGACAAUGUCAGAUGAAUACUAUGAAUGUACUGACUCCGAUAGCAGUGAUAAGGUUCCCAACGGAAGGUUAACGGGUUCUGGUCGUGUCGGAGACCACAAUGUUGGAGAUGCGCUUAACGUGAUGGCGCGCUUUUCUCAAUCCAUGCUGGACUUGCGAUCGGAUGACGUUGAGCAAAACACAGCUGAGAAAAAUCUCCUGAACAUGCAGAACAGAGAUAAAACAAAGCUUCACCAGAUGGUCUCCAGGUCACCUGGUCGAGACACUUAUGGCCGGGCCAAAGUGGUGAUUGCUAAACCUGGAGUUUUCCAUAGAUCUCCUAAAAGCAGUGCCCAUGUGAUCGGGGGCUACAGGUACUGGCAGGGGAAAGCGUAUGCUGACCUCCCCUUAAACGGAACAGGCCAACAAAACCUAAACCGCUCCGGCCGGUCCCCUAGAAGACAAAACCCUGCCUAUCCAACAGAGGGACUGCGAACCGGCCAAACACACGCUCAGCAGCUCAUCCACUCUCAAUCUGUCUCUCCCACUCAUCGGGACUUCCAAACAAAGUCUCCAUCUCCUCGUAGACGGGUCGAGACUCGUACGCCAUUAGGAAUCUCUUUAUCUAAGCUUGCCGGCUGCAAACACCUCAGGGGGAAGGUUCCAGUGAAUGUGUCUGGUUUUGCUUUGGGGGAUAAAUUGUUGACACAGAGGCACAAUAAGAAUUAACUGAUUUAUGGUGGCUUUCUUUUGUUAUUAUUAUUUUUUUUAAACAAGCAACAACUUUGUAUUGAGUACAAAGGCAUGAAUGUGCAAUGAUGUAGCCCACCAGUCUCCACUGAUAAAGACAUUUCAACUGGAGUUCAACUGGAACUGACACAAGUGGCAAACAAACACUGAAUUUUUCUGGACCGUGGCAAGCAAAACUUCUUACAAGAAGCCUUACUCUUUAUUGAUGUGGCUUUAUUGAGUAAUCUGGACUAGUGCAAGAAUUUGGUGGUGGAUUUGCGACCAUGGUGAGGGUGAUUUCACAAUGCUGCUGACUAAUUAUUGUCUCAGCUUGUGGGAAAAGGAUGUUGAAAAGGUUAAAGUGCGGUACAAUCUGACAUUGUUAUUUUAUAGUCUGCAGUUGUCCCUGGUUUUAUCAGAGGAGAUCAGACUGUUUCAAGGCCUGUUCACACCAAGACAAAUGUUUGUUGCGAUUGAACAUUUGUGAGCCUGGACCAUAAAACCAGUCAUAAUGGUAAUUUUUUUUUUUAGACUGAGAUUUAUACAUCAUCUGAAAGCUGAAUAAAUAAGCUUUCCACGGAUGUAUGGCUGAGAUACAACUAUUUGAAAUCUGAAAUCUGAGGGUGCAAAAAAUAUCAAUAUAUUGAGAAAAUCAUAUUACUAAUCAAAAAUUAGGUUGUUAUUUUUUACAAAAUAUCUUCAUGUGGCAUGAUCUUUACUUGAUAUCCCAAUGAUUUUUGGCAUAAAAGAAAAAUCGAUAAUUUUGACCUAUACAAUGUGUUGUUGGGUAUUGCUACGAAUAUACCCGUGCUACUUAUGACUGGUUUUGCGGUCCAGGGUUACAUUUUUGUUCGAAUGAAUGGCUUUUAAUGCAUUUCUUCAGACUGAUACAAACUUUGCAUGCUGUCAGUGUGACAGAUUUCUUUCUAUAUGGAGAGGCGUUUCUCCAUAUAGAGGCGUAUUCUCCAUAUUUCUCAAUCUCUUUUCGCGUUGCAAAAAAAAAAAAAAAAGU